GCUGUUUCUAGAUUUUUACUCUCGCUCAUUCCGGUUGAACAGAAAAGAAAACACUACAAACAACCAAUCUUGAAUCGAUCGAGCAGAAUCACAAAAAAACCCUAGUUUCGAAUCGAUCGGGCUGAACCCAGGCAGGCGGAUCACAAAAAAACCCUAGUUUCGUCGCGGUCCCGUGGAGAAGCAAAUCUUUGAUCACAGAUUCAGCGCUCUCUUAGUCUCCCAUGGCGUCCGAAAUUAUUGAUAGGAAGAAGAAGCCCCGUAGGUCGAAAACUGUAGCCGAGACACUUGCAGAGUGGAAAGAGCAUGGUUCUUUGGAUGAUGAUAAAGGCAAAGCAGUUUGCAGAGUUCCUGCCAAGGGAUCAAAGAAGGGAUGUAUGAAGGGUAAAGGAGGACCAGAGAACUCCCGUUGUAACUAUAGAGGCGUUAGGCAGAGGACUUGGGGUAAAUGGGUAGCUGAAAUUCGAGAACCCAAGAAGGGUAAAAGACUCUGGUUGGGUACUUUUCCAACUGCCCUUGAAGCUGCCCUCGCUUAUGAUGAAGCGGCAAGAACCUUGUAUGGUGCUUGUGCUCGCCUCAACCUUCCGAAUUGCAGUUCUUCUUCGGUGCUAACAAGCUCGAGUUCAGAUUCCACAAUGAAACAAGAAGCUAUGGAAGAGCCUCCAAUUGAUGGUAAUAGACUUCUGUCACCGUAUAGAGCUGGUCCAUCAGAGGGCUCAAUGAAGCAACCAGCAAUGGAAGAGCCUCUAAUUGGACUUCUGUCACCCUAUGGGGCUGGUCCAUCAAAGAGUUCGAUGAAUGAAUCAAUGGAUGAGGUUACGGAUAUCAAUCAGGACAAUGGGUUCACAUUGCAUAACUUAUCAGCGGAUGAAAUGUUCGAUUUGGAAGAGCUACUUGGGGAUGAAAUGUUCGAUGUGGAAGAGCUACUUGGGGUUCUAACUUCUCCUUAUUCUGCUCCACUGUCCAACUAUGACAAUGUGGGGCAUGAAAGGCAUUCAGAUUCAGUAUACCAAUUGCAGAAGUGCGAUGCAAAGUUAUUUGAAAAUAUGCACUGUGAGCAGGAAUAUUAUGGAUCUGAUCAUGGUUUCGAUUUCUUGAAACCGGGCAGAGAGGAGGAUUACAAUUUGGGGGGACUUCUGAAUUUGGAAUCAGAUUUGGGAGUUUGAAGUCAUUGGUGGCAUACUGGUGUAUGGGCAUAUGAAAAGAGAUGGUAAAGCUUGGUGUUAAAUGGAUACUCUCUUCAACAAGAGGCGAUUAGGAGGAUUCAAUUACUUUUAGUUCUUAGAAUGGUUCAUGUUCUUUAGUUUUGUUUUAUCUCAAGCUUGAUUCUCAGAGAUCUUUAUUAUUUGGGUGAUGUUUUUCUUUCCCAGUUCUCUUACUCAAAUUUCUCCAUAUAUUUUUGAAUUGGAGAAGGUCCAUCUUAGCAAUGGAGUUGAUGUGUGACUUAUAAUCUUUGAACAUUAUGUAUAUACUAGGGAAUUCUUUCUUGUACAUACUAGGGAAGACAAUUUGAGUGGCAUUGUUCCUUGGAAUUUAUUAUUACAUAAAAAGUAUAUUGCAUAAAUAAAGAUAUCGACAUUUAUGCUGCUUGUGUUGA